CAGUCAGUCACCGACAAAACUUGGUGGUGUUCACACGUACAUUUGUUGCUCUUGCGCAACUUCAAAUUUGUUGCUGGUCUGUGUCUGUUUGCUCAAGUCUUCAUCUCAUCCAAAUAUCAGAUGAAGAUGUAUCCAGAAGAACGGCGGAAGAGUAGGAAAGUGCUCUCCCCCAUACUCGAGGCGAAUGAGCGUCAGUCUAACCCUCCCAGUCCAAGAACGCCAGAACUACAUCACGAUUUACUGGUUCAGUACAUGGACCUGAAAUCUCAAGUCGGGGAUUUGGAGGAAAGUCUUCUCGAUCAUCUGUUCAAUGAGAACCAGAAGCUGAGAGAGGAGAACGAGCGACAGGCCCGACAACUCCGGGAGGAGAACGUGUUAAGGCUGAAGGCUGAGUCGGAGAGACAGGACUAUAGGCUGGAGUAUUUCAACUAUCGUCUCAGUUGCACAAUGGAGCAGGCUGAGGUCCGGGAACUGAGGCAGACGCUUGAGAAGCUGACAGGCGACUGGGAGAAGGAGAAGCAGGCAGAGGUGGAGCAGAGGAAGAAGCUGGAGGAAGAGCUGGCAGCUCUCCAGCGCCUGACUGCCCCUCUGACCUGUCACACUUCUGGCAAUAAGCAGACAAGUUUCCCCAGCCUCAGUCCUCCAGUUCAGCCAAGGAAGACUCGAAGACCUUACACAGGAAAGUCUAAGGACAAGGUUCAAAGCAAUAUCUCACAUGUCAAGACAGACUCCUGUGCUUCCGGUGACAACCUGGUGAAGGCCAAGGCCACAGACAAAGAUAAAACCAAGUUGAAGGUCACAUCUAGUGUUAGAUCCAUUGUGAAAGACACCAAAAGAGAACAGGACACAAAAAGGAAACCUACCCGAUUCUCCAGGAACAUUUCUGUUAGAUUUACAAAGGGAAGGCCAGUUGGAAAGAUCCGUCAGGAAAUGUAAUUACGAUCCUCGCCAUAAAGAACAAACUUUAUAAACUCUUUGAGUUUUGGUUCUUAUAAUGACUGAUUUUUAUAAUUCUGUUUAAAUGUCACUGCUUGUUUGAUAACAUCUGAUGAUUAC